GAUAAAAACAAAGGCGUGCAGCUGGGGGCAUUGGUUCGAGAAGCGCAUCCCAAGUGCCAAAGCGUCUCUCUAGGUGCCAGUGGCACGAACAUGCAUGCAAGAUCUGAUUCGGUGUCUAAACAUGCCAGGCAUGACAAUCAGGUGGCCGCUUCGGAUCUGAUCUCAGGUUUGGACAUUGGCGAACACGUUUCCAGGCAAUGUUUUCCCAGCAUCCAUUGCAUUGAGACCCACACGGAGUGUUAGUUUUUAUAGCAUCUUUUACAAUCAAGCACUCCAGAAUGCACCGGAAACGGGCCUUUUCGGAGCCUGAGUAUUCUGCGGAGUAUUCGGCGGACUGUUCGGUCACCCUGCCCUCUGACCCCGGGCAGGCGGUGGGACGCACCCAUGAGGUGACCGUGCGCAGCUCCGGCUGCUGUCUGUGUCUGCCGCGGUUCAUGCGUCUGACCUUCGCGCCGGACUCUCUGGAGAACCUCUACCAGACCUACUUCCGGCGGCAGCGGCACGAGACCCUGCUGGUGCUGGUGGUGUUCGCAGCCCUCUUCGACUGCUACAUCAUCGUGAUGUGUGCUGUGCUGUACACCGGUGAUAAGCUGGCGUCUGUGGCCGUGGCGUCUGUGGGGCUGGCGGUGGACGUCCUGCUGUACCUGCUGUGCCGGUUCGGUCUGCUCCCGGACCGUGUGACCCGCCGCCUGGUGCCCUACGCCUUGUGGGUGCUCAUAGCGGCCCAGAUCUUCUGUUACCUAGGACUGAACUUCGCCCGCUUCCAUCAGCCCAGCGACACGGUGGGCUGGCAGGCGUUUUUUAGCUUUUCCUUCUUCCUGACGCUGCCGCUGCGGCUGACCCCUAUAGUGCUGAUCACGGCCGUGUCCUGCGGCGUGCACACCCUCGCCCUGGGCGUCACCAUCGCCCAGCAGCAGCAGGAGGACAUCCAGGGGGCGGCUCUGGGAAGACAGUUGCUGGCCAACAUUGUGAUCUACUUGUGUGCCAUCACUGUGGGCGUCAUGUCGUAUUACAUGGCCGACCGCAAACACCGCAAGGCCUUUCUGGAGGCUCGGCAGUCGCUGGAGGUGAAGCUCAACCUGGAGGAGCAAAGCCAGCAGCAGGAGCGUCUCCUGCUGUCCAUCUUACCCAAGCACAUCGCAGACGAGAUGCUUCAGGACAUGAAGAAAGAAGCCAGUCAGAAAGAGAUGCAGCAGUUCAACACCAUGUACAUGUAUCGGCACGAGAACGUCAGUAUUCUGUUCGCAGACAUCGUGGGCUUCACUCAGCUGUCCUCGUCCUGUAGCGCGCAUGAGCUGGUGAAGCUGCUCAACGAAUUGUUCGCCCGCUUCGACAAGCUAGCAGCCAAAUACCACCAGUUGAGGAUCAAGAUCCUGGGCGACUGCUAUUACUGUAUUUGUGGCCUUCCAGAUUACCGCGAUGACCAUGCGGCCUGCUCCAUCAUGAUGGGUUUGGCCAUGGUUAAGGCCAUCUCAUACGUUCGAGAGAAGACGCAGACGGAUGUGGAUAUGCGUGUCGGGGUGCAUUCUGGGACGGUUUUGGGCGGCGUGCUGGGACAGAAGCGCUGGCAGUAUGACGUGUGGUCCACUGACGUGACGGUGGCCAACAAGAUGGAGGCAGGAGGGAUACCUGGGCGAGUGCACAUCUCCCAGAGUACCCUGGAGUGUCUUCAUGGAGAGUUUGACGUGGAGCCGGGGAACGGAGGAGACCGCUGCGAGUACCUGAAGGAAAGGGGCAUUGAGACGUAUUUGGUGGUGGUGCCCAAGGGACCCGUGAGCAAGAGCAACAUCAAUGGAGUAAAGCUGUCGGUGACGUCGUCUAAUGGGAGUUCUCCGUUGCUGAUCAACACUACGGAGUGUAACGGGAGCGUCCACACGGCCUGCACCACACCGGAGGAGCCGGAGGAGCUGGACACACGCGUGGUGAACCCCUCUUUUCCAAACCCUCGGCGGCGUUUGCGUCUGCGUGAUCUGGCUGAGAGAGUCAUCGACGCUCAGGAGAACGAACAGGAGCUCAACAAACUCCUCAAUGAAGCUCUGCUGGAGAGAGAGACAGUGCAGGCACUGAAAGGGAAGCACACUAAUGGUCUGUCCAUGCGCUUCACUGAUCCGGAGCUGGAGACACGCUUCUCGGUGGAGAAGGAGAAGCAGAGCGGAGCGGCGUUCAGCUGCUCGUGUGUGGUGCUGCUCUUCACCGCCGUCAUGGAGGCGCUCAUUGACCCCAGGUUGGUUGCAAACUAUGUGACUCUGGCUGUAGGUGAAGUCUUGCUUCUCAUUCUUACUCUCUGUUCGCUGGCAGCCAUUUUUCCUCGGGUAUUUCCAAAGAGAUUGGUGUCGUUCUCCACUUGGAUUGAUCACACGCGCUGGGCUCGCAACACUUGGGCCAUGGCGGCCAUCUUUAUAGUCACAAUGGCAGACAUAGUAGAUAUGUUGAGCUGUCGUCCACCGGAGUCCUCCUCAAACGAGGCGACUCCGGUCACUGCGGCCGCCAGCGGCUGCUCAGAGAAUCCCAAAUACUACAGCUACGUCUCCGUACUGGCGCUGAUGGCCACCACCAUGCUGGUGCAGGUCAGCCACAUGGUCAAGCUCACCCUCAUGCUGCUGAUCACCGGAGCUACAGCUGUGGUCAACAUCUACAGCUGGAGGGACAUCUUUGACCUGUACGACCUGACGCGCUUUAAGGACUACAGAUUUCAUCUUGUGCCCUCCAAAUAUGCCAUGAGUGUGAUGAUCUUCAUCAUGAUGGUCAGCUUCUACUACUUCUCCCGACAUGUGGAGAAGCUGGCACGCACGCUGUUCCUGUGGAAGAUUGAAGUGCAUGAGCAGAAGGAGAAGGUGUAUGAGAUGCGGCGCUGGAACGAGGCUCUGGUCACUAAUAUGCUUCCGGAGCACGUCGCCCGACAUUUCCUGGGCUCCAAGAAGAGAGAUGAGGAGCUCUACAGCCAGUCCUACGAUGAGAUCGGAGUCAUGUUCGCCUCCAUCCCAAACUUCUCUGAUUUCUAUACGGAGGAAAGCAUCAACAACGGCGGGAUUGAGUGUCUGAGGUUCCUCAAUGAAAUCAUUUCGGAUUUUGAUAGCCUGUUAGACGAGCCGCAGUUUCGCUGUAUAACUAAGAUCAAGACUAUUGGCAGCACGUAUAUGGCAGCAUCAGGAGUCAGUCCAGACAAUAACACUAAUGGUUACGCUUGUAUGAAGAAAGAAGAGGUUUCAGAGCGGGAGCGCUGGCAGCACUUGGCAGAUCUUGCUGAUUUUGCUCUGGCCAUGAAAGUCACGCUGAUGAACAUCAACUACCAGUCCUUCAAUAACUUCAUGCUCCGCAUCGGGUUGAAUAAAGGAGGCGUUUUGGCUGGUGUGAUCGGGGCCCGUAAACCUCAUUUUGACAUCUGGGGAAACACUGUGAAUGUCGCCAGUCGCAUGGAGUCCACAGGGGUGAUGGGGAACAUCCAGGUGGUGGAGGACUGCUACUGCAUCCUGAAGGACUACGGCUUCCGCUUCGUCAGGAGAGGACCCAUAUUCGUCAAGGGGAAAGGAGAGCUGCUCACCUACUUCCUAAAGGGACGUGAAAAACAAGGCUCCUUCAUUAACGGCUCUUUUGUUACCCUGCCGCACCAAGUGGUGGACAGCUCUUGACCGACAGGCACACACACUUGCUGGCGCACACCUCACCUCAUACCUCUUCUGCCGAGUACAGUGCUCCAGUAAUUAGUUCUUUCAAAUGUGUUUUCUCUAUUUAUUAGGCUGAGGGAAGAAACAUUGAGAGAGACUUUCUGUUUAUAUAAGAGAAGUACUAUAUUAUCUAAAUUUUGGAGUUGUGCACAGAGAUGAGUGUAUGAAAUAAAACAAUCUGAAUGAUUGCUAAAGUGAUAAACAGGUUGUCCUUAAACUCAAGCCACAGCGAAUACAUUAAACUCUACUGUAUAUUACGCACUGCGCUGCUCAAAGAAACCGACAAAUUACCUAUUUUUGUUGUUCUUUCAUUUAAUUAUUUAAUCCUUUAUUUAAAGAUUACACUGAAAGUCCCAGAUAUAUCUGAAUGUUUUGAAGAGCUUUUCCGAAUGCCUGUGUAGGAAAGCAUACUGACUGCCUUUGUCUCUUCUGAAAGUGUGUGUGUGUGUGUGUGUGUGUGUUCAUGCAUUUCUAAAGUCUAGUCACAUUUUCUCUUUUGAAUUUUAAUAAUUUAUAAUGGAUGUACAUGAAGGUUUGAAAGUCUGAGACCACAUUAAAUCAUGGGUUUUAAUCAUAGACUGUAUAAAAACAGGUUUUAAUCCUGGAAAUAACCAUACAGUUCUUGGAUUACUCAUAAAAUAUGUAAAAAAUAAGUUAAUAAAAUUAUUAUACUGUCAAUGUAAUUAGUAAUGAAAAAUAUUGUAUUCUAAAAAUAAACAAAAGCACUUUAAUUAUUUGUUUCAGACAUUUGGACCCCAGUAUAUGUUUUAGUGUUCCUCAUGUGCCAAAUACAAGCCACUAUGUGUGUCAGUUUGUGCUACUCUGAGGACAUGUGUGAGUAUCACUGUGUGAACGGGUUCAUUGUGCGUGGCAUUGCAGGGAUGAAUGUUUCUUAGUUCAGAAUAUAUUCCCCACAGUGUUUUUCCUCAAGGAUUAGAUGAAUGUGCAAUAGUUUAUUCUUUUACGGCAUUCUGCUCUCCAUUACAGUUUUAAGAAGAACCCUCUUCUCCCAGCAAGUCAUAUUUUUAUAUUAUGAUGUAAAAGUUCUUAUUAAAGAGUAUUGUACACAGAGACUGGAUCGGUGUGUCUUCUAAACUGGCCAGACAGUUCAUUUAUUACCAGUGUCAGGGACCUUCUGUGUCGGUAAGCAGAAAUCCAUUUGAUUUUGAGUUUAAAUGGUAUAUGAAGGCAUGACUUUGUGGCCGAUCGCUGUCGUUUGAUGCAGGAUUUUGCAAAAAUUUGAUAUUUUUGAAUUAUGGAUAUGGAAUAAAAUGGCACUUUGAAAGAUCUGUUACGUAA